AUGAACGAUUUCAUGGAAUACUGCCUCAAGCGGUUCUAUCGAUCCUCAGGCUGGAAUGAAGAGAAUCAAUACUCCAACCUGUGCUCAUGGUCUCGAGCCAUACUCGAUUUCCACACACCCAAGGGCCUUUCGCUUGUGAUAUCCAAAUUACCAACACCUCAAUUCAAACCAUCGUAUACCUUGAACGCUUUGCCUACAUUGAACGGUAGUCUUGGCUAUCUCUAUACAUCGAGAGCAUUGGAUAUCGGUACCAGUGCUACUGUGGAUUUUCAGGAUAUGAUUGAUCGAUUUCGAAUUGUGACAAAGCCAACUUUUAACUCAAAAGGGGAUGAUUACAAAGCUGAUCCAGAUUAUUUAUUGUAUGGAAGAAUGUUCUUUCCAGGCGCUCGUCUAGAAGCCAUGUAUGUGCGUCGUAUUUCAGAGCAUGUUCAAUAUUCAGUAACAGCUGUCAACAAUGCACGUGCAUAUGUAUCUCCACAAGUGGCAAUGCAAUUACAGUACGAUGUAGGCAAGUGGUGCUCAGAGUGCUCGUACACAUCAGACGAUGGGCUAUUGGGAUUGAGAGCACUGUAUAACUUUGGUCAGCCUGUGUCUUCAGGGCAGUGGUCUGCAGGAACUGAAUUAUACUACGGUGUGCUCGACAAGAGUGGCGGAUUAUCCACCGGCAUUCGUUAUCGUACACUACCCUCAUCCAACGCACCACCCAUCAGCUUCACGUAUACCUUGAACCCUAUCGUCGGCCACAUGUCCACAAGUUAUGUUGCCAAAGUAUCAGAUCAGCUUGUCAUGUGCUCUCGCUUUGAUUUCAGCAUCUAUUCCUAUGAAAGUGAUUUAGCACUUGGCUUUGAAUACCGUACCAAAAACAAGAAACCGACGAUAGAGACCCAAAUAGAUCAGGGCGGUGUGGUGACAUUGACAGCAGAUCGCACCGAGACAUUAGAGGGAUUGAUCAAAGCAAGAUGGGGAUUUGCCAAGGGACUCGCAUUGAUGUGGGAGGGACGAUUUAAAAACACACUGUUUAGUUUGGGAUUGACAGCAGAUCUUAAAAGUACCAGCCCCAUUCGCACCAUUGGACUAGAAGUACAAUACUUUUCGUAA